AUGGAAGAAAUUUUCUUACCCUAUGAUAUCUACUACAAUCUAAUUUCAAGAAAUGACAAUGAUUCUUUCAGCAAACUCUUCAGUGCCGAAAAGGAAUUCAUGCCGAACCCAAUAUAUGCUCGAACAACACUGUACCGUGCAUUUCGCGGAGUCGCCAUUACAUUCAUGGAGCUCAACUCCGUAUGUGAGAAGUUUGAUGCAUUCAUACCUUACCUGGCGAUGACCUACGUUGAUCGUUUCGUUUCAGCCCGUGAUAUCCCGAAUGUGAUUCCAGGAUCUAGAUCAAAAAACAUUUUUCUUUUCUUGACCUGCUGCCUCAGCAUAGCUUCGAAGAUGAGGAAUGACAAUUUCAAAAUCGCGAAAAUUCUGCAAUUGCGGAAGCCUAUGCUAAAGUACGAAACGAAGGACGCGUUUCAAAUGGAGUGCGCCAUCUGCGAAGGACUGCAAUGGAAAAUGCGAUCUCUAACUCCAAUUUGCUUCGUGGACUACUUCAUCGAUUUCCUCCGGUGCCGGUCACCUGUACAUCCGUUCGUCCCUCGCCGUUCCGUUCAUCAUACCAUUAUCAAAUCUCAAGGAGUUAUAAAACUCACGAAGUACAGGCCAUCGCAUGUGGCAGCUUCAGCUGUUCUGACUGCUUCCUUUAGGCUAUAUCCCGAGAACUAUGAUGAGUUCAAACAACUUAUUUUAUCUUCUGAACACAUUUGCAUGAACUGCAUGGAAGAGGCGUCAAAAUGCAUUGAGAUGGUAGAGCAAAUGUGUGAGACAGGUCCAUCUGAGGCAAUGGUGACCGAGAAAAACUCCAGCUCAUCUGCAGAUCCGUCUAGCGUCAUGACGAGUAGCGUAGAUGAAAUCCCACGGGAUCGAGAUGGGCUAAUGGAUUUCAAGCUGGAUUGGACAGCGGUGAGUUCGAGGAUUAGCCAGAGCCGCCAAGUAUUUCCCAAUCCCAGGAAAAUUAAGCAGUGA